AAUACUUUGUUUUCUUCAUCAGAUAUCAAUCGCUACGCUUAUCUGUUUCUGUCUCCCAUCUCCCAGAAAGCAAAAGAAAAUUUCUGUUUCUCUCUCUAUAUCUUUCUGUCUUGUCUCUCUCACUAUUAAGAAAAUGGAGGCUGCACCAAUUCGGAUUGAUAGGAAACCAUCCAUAGAAACCGAGCCAAGAACGUUGGGAAUGGAACAAAUUGAAUUUGCAAGGGUACUUAUGUUAAUUCUUUUCUGGGUUUUUGAGACAUGCAUAUAUGCUCCUCCUUGGCAAGAACAGUUCACUUCGUGAUGGCAAAAACGGGACGAUUUACUAUUUACCGCUCUUGUACUAAGCAGAAGGAAGAGAGUAAAGUACACGAGGAGGCAGCCAAGUAUGUGGUGAAUACAAAGAAUAUGGAAGAAGCAAUGCGCAUUUUCACAGAGGGUUUGGAGCCAGUGGUAAGUUCGAUCCAGCAAAGUGGUGAUGAAGUGAUGAUGGCUUCAGUUGAGGAGCCUGAGUACUCGGAACCUUAUUACAGAAGACCACGAGGACCCAGGGAGAUUGUCUCAGCACCUUUUUAGCUGGUGAUCAAAUACUUUUGUAAUUUAAUUACUGCAGGUGUUUUGAAUGUAAAAUAUUGUACAGGAUAUGGAUUGCUUGUUUUUGUUUUUCCUUCAGUCGGUCUUUUUGUAACUUGUUCUUCUUACGAUGCCGAAAAAGUUUUGAAUUGAUUGAGAUUUUCCUAAGUAUAGC